AGAAAAAGGAGGAAGAUUUGUAUCAUAAAAAGCUUGAUAAACACAUCAACGGCAGAAACACACAUAAGCACGCGAUUCGCUGUAGAAUCCUCAAGUUUCGAUUUUUUUUUUCUUUCAUUUACACAAAAAAAAACUUUUUUUUUUUUUUAAUAAGAAACAAGAUUUUAAUUAGAAGAGAAAAAAAAAAGAAUAUGAAGAAGGUUGAAAUUGAGAUGAGUGGUACGAGCCCUGUUGUUGUUUUUGUUCCUUUAUGGUUUUUAUCGAUUUUACUAUUAUUAUUGUUCUUCUUCUUCUUCUUCUUCUUCUUACUCUUCUUAUAUAUUCUACUUGUUUUAUUUUUACGUUUUUCGACAAUUAUAAUUUGGGAUCAGGGUUUGUUUGUUGAAAGCCCUAGUUUUUGUUUUUGUGUUCUUUGAUUCUUGCGGCCGUUUCUGGGUUUCUUCUUCUUCUUCUCUUCCAUGGAGAUGGGUUCUGAUGGCGAAGAAGAUCAGAUCAGGAGCGUUGGUGAUGUUGGUGGUAAUCAUCUUCAUAAGAAGAAGAAGAUUGAUAAUUCCUCCUCCAAGGAUGGUGGUCGUGUCAAGCCUAAGCGUCAGAUGAAAACUCCGUUUCAGCUUGAAACCUUGGAGAAAGUUUAUUCAGAGGAGACGUAUCCUUCGGAGGCCACGAGGGCUGACUUAUCUGAGAAAUUGGAUUUGUCAGAUCGACAAUUACAGAUGUGGUUUUGCCAUAGACGGUUAAAGGACAAGAAGGAUGGUCAGUCCAAGAAACCCGCGAAAUCAGCGGUUCAAUCGUCUGCUUUAGCGUCUUCCGUUCACGAGUUACCGCCUGCUGGAUCGGUACCUGAGCAAGAUUCCAGAUCUGAUUCGGGCUCUGAGUCAGGUUGCAGUCCUUAUUCCAACUCAAGGAGGAAUUUUGCUAGUGGUAGUAGUAGUUCUCGAGCUGAAUUGGAUGAAUACGACACAAUGGGAAAGGCGAGUUAUGAGUCACGCUUGUCGACUAUGGUGCGUAGAGCUAUUGUCUGUAUUGAGGCACAGUUAGGUGAGCCAUUGAGAGAUGAUGGACCUAUUCUUGGUAUGGAGUUUGAUCCUUUGCCUCCUGGUGCAUUCGGAACACCUAUAGGGAUGCAGAAACACUUAGUUCAUCCGUAUGAGAGCAAUGUGUAUGAGCGAUAUGAUGCCCGACCUCAAAGAUCUCAUGCUGUUGCCCGUUCUUUCCAUGAGCAACAAUCUCUGGAUGAUCCGUCUUCUUAUACACCUGAGAUCUAUGGACGAUACUCUGAAAAUCAUGCACGUGGUAUGGACUAUGAAAUUGCACGUUCUAGGAGUUCAUCAUUUAUGCACGCGAAUGGGCCUUUACCAAGGUCCUAUGUUACCCCUGGACAUGCGUCUCGUAACUGUUCUACAUCUCAACAAGCCAUGCCAAUCCCCAUUGAAUCAGCUCAUCGUGGUGAUAGAUUCCUGCUGGAAAAGGAUUCAUCAGUCCUCGGUACAGAAGAUCCAUAUUUGUUGCCUGAUGGGGUGCGUAAGAGUAAUGAUGUGCAUCGGAAGGGAAAGAUUAACGAUGAUAGACUUGGAAGAGGAAGUGAAAUCCGAGAGAAUCAUGGACCAAAAGAUCUUGAGAAGCUAGAAAUUCAGAGGAAAAAAAAUGAAGAACGCAUGAGAAAAGAGAUGGAAAAGAACGAGCGUGAGAGGCGUAAGGAAGAAGAGAGGUUGAUGCGUGAAAGAAUAAAAGAAGAGGAGAGGUUACAGCGUGAGCAGCGUCGUGAAAUAGAAAGAAGAGAAAAGUUCUUACAGAGAGAAAAUGAAAGGGCGGAGAAAAAGAAGCAAAAAGACGAGAUUCGUCGAGAGAAAGACGCUAUUAGACGCAAGCUUGCCAUUGAGAAGGCAACUGCACGUAGAAUUGCCAAGGAGUCUAUGGAUCUUAUUGAAGAUGAACAGCUAGAACUGAUGGAAUUGGCUGCUAUUAGCAAAGGAUUGCCCUCAGUAUUACAGCUUGAUCACGACACAUUGCAAAAUCUUGAAGUUUAUAGAGAUUCUCUUAGCACAUUUCCACCAAAGUCUUUGCAACUAAAAAUGCCGUUUGCCAUUUCUCCAUGGAAAGAUUCUGAUGAAACUGUUGGAAACCUUCUAAUGGUUUGGAGAUUCCUGAUAUCAUUUUCUGAUGUUCUUGACCUAUGGCCUUUUACACUGGAUGAGUUUAUUCAGGCUUUUCAUGACUAUGACUCAAGGUUGUUGGGGGAGAUACAUGUUACUCUUCUGAGAUCAAUAAUACGAGAUAUCGAAGAUGUUGCUAGGACACCUUUUAGUGGAAUUGGAAAUAACCAAUAUACUACAGCCAAUCCUGAGGGUGGACAUCCGCAAAUAGUUGAAGGGGCUUAUGCAUGGGGCUUUGACAUUCGUAGCUGGAAAAAGCAUUUGAACCCACUAACGUGGCCUGAAAUACUGCGACAAUUGGCACUCUCUGCUGGAUUUGGACCUAGGCUGAAGAAAAAACAUUCCCGAUUGACCAAUACUGGUGAUAAGGAUGAGGCUAAAGGUUGUGAAGAUAUCAUUUCUACUAUCCGAAAUGGUUCAGCAGCUGAAAGUGCUUUUGCAUCGAUGCGGGAGAAAGGGUUGCUCGCCCCUCGCAAGUCAAGGCAUCGGUUGACACCUGGAACCGUCAAAUUCGCAGCCUUUCAUGUACUAUCUCUUGAGGGAAGCAAGGGACUGACAGUAUUAGAACUUGCUGACAAGAUUCAGAAAUCUGGACUUCGGGACUUGACAACAAGCAAGACACCAGAGGCUUCUAUUUCUGUUGCAUUGACAAGAGAUGUGAAACUCUUCGAAAGAAUAGCUCCUUCGACUUAUUGUGUACGAGCUCCUUAUGUGAAGGAUCCUGCGGAUGGAGAGGCAAUACUCGCAGAUGCCAGGAAGAAGAUAAGGGCAUUUGAAAAUGGAUUUACAGGUCCAGAAGAUGUGAAUGAUCUUGAAAGGGAUGAAGAAUUUGAAAUUGAUAUUGAUGAGGAUCCUGAGGUUGAUGAUUUAGCUAGUCUGGCAAGUGCAUCAAAAAGUGCCGUUCUAGGUGAAGCGAAUGUUUUGUCAGGAAAGGGGGGAGAUACUAUGUUCUGUGAUGUUAAAGCUGAUGUAAAGAGUGAGCUUGAGAAGGAGUUUCCAUCUCCUCCUCCAAGCAGUAUGAAGAGCAUUGUUCCACAACAUAGUGAGCGGUUUAAAGAUACAGUGGUUGGCUGCGUGGAUAACGUGGUUGAUGAAAGCAACCAGGGCCAAUCAUGGAUUCAAGGUCUUACGGAAGGGGAUUACUGUCAUCUAAGUGUUGAAGAGCGCCUUAAUGCCCUUGUUGCUUUAGUCGGCAUUGCCAAUGAAGGAAACUCCAUCAGAGCUGGUCUUGAGGAUCGUAUGGAAGCAGCAAAUUCUCUUAAAAAGCAAAUGUGGGCUGAAGCACAGUUAGAUAACAGCUGUAUGAGAGAUGUACUUAAGCUUGAUUUUCAAAACUUAGCAAGCAGCAAAACCGAAUCAACGAUGGGUCUACCAAUCAUCCAAAGCUCUACUCGUGAGAGGGAUAGUUUCGAUAGAGACCCUUCUCAACUUCUAGAUGAAACAAAGCCCCUGGAUGAUCUUUCGAACAAUCUUCAUAAAUCAUCUGCUGAGAGAGCACUUAUUAAUCAGGAUGCCAAUAUAAGUCAAGAAAAUUGUUCUUCCCAACUUGGAUAUGCUUCAAAGAGAUCACGCUCACAAUUAAAAUCAUAUAUAGGCCACAAAGCAGAAGAGGUGUAUCCAUACCGAUCUUUGCCGCUUGGACAAGAUCGGCGCCACAAUCGUUACUGGCAUUUUGCUGUAUCAGUGUCUAAGAGUGAUCCUUGCUCGGGGCUCUUAUUUGUUGAGCUACAUGAUGGCAAGUGGCUCCUCAUUGAUUCAGAAGAGGCUUUUGAUGUUCUGGUUGCAUCGUUGGAUAUGCGCGGGAUCAGAGAGUCUCAUUUACGCAUAAUGCUGCAGAAGAUCGAGGGAUCAUUCAAAGAGAAUGCUUGUAAGAAUAUAAAGCUAGAUAGAAACCCUUUCUUGAAGGAAAAGAGUAUUGUGAAUCAUUCUCCUACAGAUUCUGUGAGCCCGUCCAGUGCUAUAUCAGGGUCAAACUCUGAUUCAAUGGAAACUUCAACUUCAAUUAGAGUUGAGUUAGGUAGAAACGACACCGAGAACAAGAAUUUAUCAAAACGGUUCCAUGAUUUCCAGAGAUGGAUGUGGACCGAGACGUACAGUUCACUACCUUCUUGUGCUAGAAAAUAUGGGAAGAAGAGAUCUGAGCUGUUAGCAACAUGUGAUGCGUGUGUUGCUUCUUAUUUGUCUGAGUAUACCCACUGCACUUCUUGUCACCAGAGACUGGACGUGGUUGAUAGUUCAGAGAUAUUAGAUUCAGGUUUGACUGUGUCUCCUCUUCCUUUUGGAGUCAGGUUGCUCAAACCACUACUUGUUUUUCUCGAGGCAUCUGUUCCAGAUGAAGCUCUUGAAUCAUUUUGGACAGAGGACAAAAGAAAAAUUUGGGGGUUUAGGUUGAAUGCUUCAUCAUCACCUGAAGACCUUUUGCAGGUGUUGACUUCCUUAGAGAGUGCAAUCAAGAAAGAAUCUUUGUCAUCCAAUUUUAUGUCGGCAAAGGAGCUUUUGGGAGCUGCUAAUGCUGAUGUUGAUGAUCCGGGAUCAGUGGACAUUCUUCCAUGGAUACCAAAGACAGUAUCAGCGGUUGCUUUGAGACUUUCAGAACUUGAUGCAUCCAUUAUUUAUGUGAAGCCAGAGAAACCUGAGCUGAUCCCUGAAGAUGAGAACGAGCAGAUUAGCCUUUUCCCUGGAGAUUCCCCUUUCAAAGGCAAAGGACCCAAAGAGCAAGGAGAUCAAGACGAGGUUGUUCCAAACUCGGGUAACAGACGUAAUAAACGUGCACGGGUAAGCUUGGGAUCUGGAUCAAACAGAAAGGUGAAGAGGAAGAAAGCGCAAAGCGGUCUUAACAAAUUUGUCGUGGGUAGGAGAAAUGUUGCAGUCAAUAGUAACUUAAUGACCGUUGAGUUGAACCACCAAGUCCCUGGAAAAGGAAAGAGGACGGUUAGAAAAAGACCAGAGAGGAUCGAUGAGGAUAAUGACCACCUAGUCAAUAGAAUGGCUAAUAUUGUUAGGCCUAAAAGCGAAGAAGUUGAAGAAGAUGAGGAAGAAGAAGAGCAAACAUUCAGAGACAUUGAUGAAGACUGGGCAGCGGGUGAAACUCCUAGAGAGAUUGAUGAAGACUGGGCCAACGAAACACCCAACAGAAUGAUGACACCGAUGCAAGUGGAUGAUGAAAGUGACAACAGUGUAGGAGUUGAAUCAGAGGAUGAUGAUGGUGGUGGUCAGUUUGUGGAUUACAGUCAGAGAAAUAAGUGGGGGUUGGAUUGGAAUAGUAACCCAAACGAGGCAAUGGAGGAAGAAGUUGUCGGGGUUGGGAGGGUGGAAGGAGAAGAUGACGCCGAGAUGAGUGAGAGCUCUGAAGAUGAUGAUGCUAAUAAUGCAGCAAACAAUUACGACAGAGAAUCAGAAGGUUACAGCAGCAGCGAUUCAUGAACUUAAGAUCUAGUAGCUUGUGAAGAGGGAAGAUUACAUUCUUGUUGAAGAUAUAUAUAUAUAUAUUUUUAUAUAGGAGAAAAGAGAGAUAGUAUCAGAAUAGGUUUUCACCUAAGAGAAGCUAUAGAAGAAGAACAUUUCUGAUUAGUUUUGGUGCAGUUAAAAGCCAAGCCAAGGCAUGUAUUUAGCAAAUGCCUUUGUUAUCAUAAUUAACCAUUUCAUUAUUUUGUUAAGUAUAAGUUAAUGAUUUAUGUGUUAAUCUCCCAA